CUCUCCCUCUUUUGCCCUAGCCAUGGAAGGGAUGGAGGAUGCAGAGGCCGACUGCUCUGUAGCGUUCGCGGAGGCUCAGAGAUGGGUGGAGGCAGUAACAGAGAAGAAUUUUGAAACACGGGAUUUUCGGGCCUCUCUAGAAAAUGGUGUUCUGUUGUGUGAUUUGAUUAAUAAGCUUAAGCCUGGAAUCAUUAAGAAGAUCAAUAGACUGUCCACACCAAUAGCAGGUUUGGAUAAUAUAAACGUAUUUUUGAAAGCUUGUGAACAGAUUGGAUUGAAAGAAGCCCAGCUUUUCCAUCCUGGGGAUCUACAGGAUUUAUCUAAUCGAGUCACUGUCAAACAAGAAGAGACUGAUAGAAGAUUGAAAAAUGUUUUGAUAACAUUGUACUGGCUGGGAAGAAAAACACAAAAUAACCCCUACUACAGUGGUCCCUAUCUUAAUUUGAAAGCAUUCGAGAAGCUUUUAGGACAAGCUCUGACUAAGGCACUUGAAGACUCCAGCUGCCUGAAAAGAAGUGGCCGGGACAGUGGUUACGGUGAUAUCUGGUGUUCUGACCGUGGAGAAUUUCCUGCUCCUCCAGGCAACCAGAAGAGGGAAGAUUCCUUUGAAAGCUUAGACUCUUUGGGGUCCAGAUCAUUGACCAGCUGCUCCUCAGAUAUCACAUUGAGAGGAGGACGUGAAGGUUGCGAAAGUGACACAGAUUUGGAAUUUACAUUCAAAAUGCAGGAUUUUAACAAAGAUGAUAUGUCCUAUCGAAGGAUUUCAGCUAUUGAACCAAAAUCUGCUUUACCAUUCAAUCGUUUUUUACCCAACAAAAGUAGACAGCCAUCCUAUGUGCCAGCACCGCUGAGGAAGAAAAAGCCAGACAAAAAUGAGGAUAACAGAAGAAGCUGGGCAAGCCCCGUCUACACAGAGGCAGAUGGGACAUUUUCAAGUAACCAGAGGAGAACUGGGAGCACCAAUGCAGAGAAUUGGGCAACAGUCCGAGAACCUUCAAAUUCCUCUCAUUACUUGGAAGAGGAAGAAGAAAAACCAACAAGGUUACCCAACAUUGUCAAGGAUGAUCUGUAUGUGCGAAAGCUAACUCAAGUCAUGCCAAAUCCAGGGAAUUCUUUUGAUCAGUUUCUUCCCAAAUGCUGGAUUCCAGAAGAUGUGAACUGGAAAAGAAUAAAAAGGGAAACCUCUAAACCGUGGUAUAAAGAAUUUCAGGGAUUCAGUCAGUUUUUAUUACUUCAGGCCCUCCAAACAUACUCUGAUGACAUCUUGUCUUCUGAAACAAAUAUCAGAAUUGAUCCCACUUCUGGCCCAAGGCUCAUAACCCGCAGAAAGAAUCUCUCUCAUGCACCAGGCUAUAGGGGAGAUGACUUUGAGAUGCCAACUCUGGAUCCCGACUUAGAAAAUGAUGAUUUCUUUGUGAGAAAGACUGGAGCUUUCCAUGCGAAUCCAUAUGUUCUCCGAGCUUUUGAAGACUUUGGAAGGUUCUCUGAGCAAGAUGAUUCUGUGGAGCGAGAUAUAAUUUUGCAGUGUAGAGAAGGUGAACUUGUACUUCCAGAUUUAGAAAAAGAUGACAUGAUUGUUCGCCGAAUUCCAGCACAGAAGAAAGAAGUGCCUCUGUCUGGGGCCCCAGAUAGAUACCAGCCAGUCCCUUUUCCUGAACCCUGGACUCUGCCUCCAGAAAUUCAAGCAAAAUUUCUCUGUGUACUUGAAAGGACGUGCCCAUCAAAAGAAAAAAGUAGUAGCUGUAGAAUAUUAGUUCCUUCAUAUCGGCAGAAGAAAGACGACAUGUUGAUUCGGAAGAUCCAGUCUUGGAAACUGGGAACUACAGUGCCUCCCAUAAGUUUUACCCCUGGCCCCUGCAGUGAGGCUGACUUACAGAAGUGGGAGGCCAUCCGGGAGGCUAGCCGACUUAGGCACAAGAAACGACUGAUGGUUGAGAGACUCUUUCAAAAGAUUUAUGGUGAGAAUGGGAGUAAGUCCAUGAGUGACGUCAGCGCAGAGGAUGUUCAGAACUUGCGUCAAUUGCGUUAUGAGGAGAUGCAGAAAAUUAAAUCACAAUUAAAAGAACAAGAUCAGAAAUGGCAGGAUGACCUUGCAAGAUGGAAAGAUCGUCGGAAAAGUUACACUUCAGAUCUACAGAAGAAAAAAGAAGAGAGGGAAGAAAUUGAAAAACAAGCACUUGAGAAGUCUGAGAGAAGCUCCAAAACGUUUAAGGAAAUGCUGCAGGACAGGGAAUCUCGAAAUCAAAAGUCUACAAUUACAUCUAGGAGGAUGUAUUCCUCCGACGAUGUUUUGAGUGAUGAAGAGCUACCUGCUACGCUGACUCAGUCCGAAGCCAGUUAUCAGAGCGAGAGAGUGGAAGAGGAGGGAACAACACAUCCUCCUGAGACUCCUAAAGAAGAGCCUAUAACUUUUAUGGAAAGACAGGACAGUGUAGCAUCUGAAGUUCAGUUUCCUUCUACAAGCUCUGCAGAAUACCCAGCCUCUUUGUCUUCUCAGCGUUCCCUGAGUAUGCAAAUAGAGUCAACUCGAGUUUCAUCUUCUCUCCCUAGAAGUUACCAGAAAACUGAUACAGCCAGGUUAACAUCUGUGGUCACACCGAGACCUUUUGGCACACAGUCAAGGGGAAUCUCAUCACUCCCUAGAUCCUUCACGAUGGAUGAUGGCUGGAAGUAUAAUGGAGAUGUGGAAGGUAGUAAGAGAAUCCAAAAUAAUUCAUUCAACACACCUGCCCAGAAGCCUGACAAUAGCCAGUUGGUCUCAAGCUCAUCCAGCAAGAGCGAGGCAGCUGCAGGAGAAGGUGUGGUGAGGUUGCCCUCUCCUACACCGACCUUCUCAUCUUUCUCCCAAGACCAUACUGCCACUUCUAAAGCCACAUUGUCUUUAAUGUCAGGCCCAAACUCAGUGUCUGAGUCGGGAGAAGGAAGAAAUUCACCACAAAGAGAGGUCUCCAGGUCCCAGGAUCAGUUCAGUGAUAUGAGAAUCAGCAUAAACCAGAUGCCUGGGAACAGCCUUGACUUUGGGUUUACAAUAAAAUGGGAUUUUUCCAGGAUCUUUGUGGCAUCAGUUGAGGAAGGUAGCCCAGCAGAAUUUUCUCAGCUACAGGUAGAUGAUGAGAUUAUUGCUGUUAACAACAUCAAGUUUACAUAUAAGGAUACAAAAGAGUGGGAGGAAACCAUGGCUCGUGCUCGAGAAACUGGAAACCUAGUGAUGGAUGUCAGGCGCCAUGGGAAGUCUGGUUCACCUGAAACAAAGUGGAUUGAUACAACUUCUGGAAUUUACAAUUCAGACAAGUCUUCAGAUUUAUCAGUAACAACUGAUUUCUCCGAAAGCCUUCAGAGCCCUACUUACACUGAAUCCAAAGAAAUCAAUGGAAUUCAUGAUGAAAGCAACACUAUUGAAUCAAAAGCAUCUGAACCCAUUUCUUUGAAAAACUUAAAAAGACGAUCACAAUUUUUUGAACAAGGAAGCUCUGACUCUGUGGUUCCUGAUCUUCCAGUUCCAACCCUCAGUGCCCCCAGUCGCUGGGCAUGGGAUCAAGAGGAGGAGCGAAAGCGGCAGGAGAGGUGGCAGAAGGAGCAGGACCGUCUACUUCAGGAAAAAUACCAACGUGAGCAAGAGAAACUGAGGGAAGAGUGGCAAAGGGCUAAGCAGGAGGCUGAGAGAGAGAAUUCCAAGUACUUGGAUGAGGAACUGAUGGUCCUAAACUCAAACAGCAUUUCUCUGACCACACGGGAACCUGCCAUUGCCACUUGGGAGGCCACCUGGAGUGAAGGGUCCAAGUCUUCUGACAGGGAAGGAACUCGAGCAGGAGAGGAGGAGAGGAGACAGCAGGAAGAGGAUGUUGUUCAUGAGGACCAAAGACAGAAGCUGCAGGAACAAUUCAUUCUUGAGAGAGAGGGGAAACUGAAGGAGCAACAAGCUCAGGAAGAACAGGAGAAGAAACAGCGGGAGGCUGAGGCUGAGGCGCAGAAGCACCGUGCAGAAGAGCAGAAGCGCCAGGCAGAGAUAGAGAGGGAAACUUCGGUCAAAAUAUACCAGUACAGGAGGCCUGUUGAUUCUUAUGAUAUACCAAACAAAGAGGAAGAAUCUUCAGGUUUUCUUCCUAGUGACAGGAAUAAAUCCAGAUCUACUACUGAAUUGAAUGAUUACUACACAAAUAAAAAUGGAAGCAACAAAUACUUGGACCGAAUUGGGGGUACAGGCUUUUCACAGAGAAGCUCCAAGAAAGAUUCAGCCCCCUCAGAAGCAGAGCUGGAGAGACAACAGAUUCUCCAGGAAAUGAGAAAGAGAACAUCCCUUCACCAUGACAAUAGCUGGAUCCGACAGCGUAGUUCCAGCAUAAAUAAAGAGCCCAUCUGUCUGCCUGGGGUCAUGAGAAGAGGUGAGUCUCUAGAUAACCUGGACUCCUCCCGAUCUGCUUCUUGGCGACAGUCCCCUUGGCUUGGUCAGCCUGCAGGCGUCUAUGCUUCUUCCUCUGUUCAAGACUUCAGUCGCCCACCACCUCAGCUGUUGUCCACAUCCAACCGUGCCUACAUGCGGAACCCAUCCUCCAGUGUGCUGCCUCCUUCUGCUGGCCCUGGGAAGGCCACCACGGGCGGAGUCACCAACCAGACCCCUGCCCCUCGCAGCCAUUCCCCUUCCACUCCACAGCCACAGCCACAGCCAGGCACUCAGCCCCGCAGCAGGUCAGUCAGUGGGAAGCGAGUGUGCUCCUACUGUAAUAACAUUCUGGGCAAAGGAGCUGCCAUGAUCAUCGAGUCCCUGGGUCUUUGUUAUCAUUUACAUUGUUUUAAGUGUGUGUCCUGUGAGUGUGACCUCGGAGGUUCUUCCUCAGGAGCCGAAGUCAGAAUCAGAAACCACCAGCUGUACUGCAACGACUGCUAUCUCAGAUUCAAAUCUGGACGGCCAACUGCCAUGUGAUGUAAGUCUCCAUAUGAAAGCACUGUUGCAGAUAGAAGAAGAGGUGCUUGCUGCUGAUGUAGAUCUAUAAAUAUGUGUCUGAUGUCUUUUUUGCUCAAAAAAAGAAUAACUCUUCUCCUUCUUCUUUUUGCUUUAUUAGAUUAUGUAGGACCAUUAUAGUCUUGGUAGACCCUAUAUUUUUGUUUGUUUAUUUAUAAGAAGGUAAUUUUGUGUGGAAAAAGUGCAGUAUUUACUUUUUUGAAGACAGCAUCAUAAAAGCACAAGGGAAAAAAUAAGAACUUAAAAAUAUUUUUGAGGCUGAUGAUGAUCAAGUUUUGACUAUUUAGUGGUGUUUUGAAGAGGGUAUUUUAUUGUUUUUUUUAAAAAAGUUCUUAAAACAUUAUUUGAAAUAGUUAAUAUAAAUAUAUAAUUGUACUUGCUCUGUUUAUUGUAUACUAAGUUAAUGUGGAAACACAUGAAAAUUUUCAUUUAAAUCCAUCCCUAAAUUUGCUUUCUGUAUCCUUUUUUUCCACCUAUGUAAUAUGAUUGAAAGAAAUUUUUAGCUUAUGUAACAUUUUAUUUUGCUUGAUGAGGAGAGCUCAGUUUUCUUCACCAGAACUGUUGCUAAGCAAUUCAGUAGAAAGCUGCUUAUUUUCACUAAUGAAAAAUAACCAUGGUUUGUAUCCUAGAAGUUUUCUUCAGAACCUAAUGAGCCUUUCUGUUCAGCUGCAUUUGUAAAUAAACUUGCUGAUGCAUUUAA